AUGCCGUUGCUCUCCCUUCUUGAUCUGGGGCAUCUCCCAGGAACUGGGAAACUCAUCCGCUACAUCACCUGCCUGGCGUUGGGGUGGUUGACUGCUCGUAGCAUCUAUCGCCUGUGGUUUCACCCGCUUCGCAGAAUCCCCGGACCCAAGCUUGCAGCCGUCACUCAUCUGUACGAGCUGUACUUUGACGCGAUCAAGGGCGGCAGAUAUCUCUGGGAAAUCGAGAGACUGCACGAGAAAUAUGGCCCCGUGGUUCGCAUCAAUCCUCGCGAGGUGCACAUCAAAGACUCGGACUUCUUCCACGUCAUCUACGGCGGCGGAAGGCGUGAUAGGGAUCCCAAGUGGUUCAUCAAUGAGAUGCUCCCCACCUCUCUCGUCACGACUGUUAGCCACGACCACCACAAGCUCCGCCGACACAUCGUAUCCGGGUUCUUCUCCAAAUUGUCCGUGAUACGGCUUGACGAGAUGAUCCGGGACAAAGUCAGGACUCUGCUUCGCCGCCUCGACCAAGCGCGCAUUAGCCGCACCCCGGUCGAGCUGCACUCUGCGCUCAAUGCUCUGACCUCGGACAUCAUCUCCGAGUACAUGUAUGGAGAGAGCCUGGGCUAUCUGGAUUCGGACCUGGCAUCCUCGACGAACACCGUCGCCCAUGGGGCCCUCAGCUCCAUCCGGUGGCUGCACUACGUCCGGGGCUUCCCAUCCGUGUUACGACUCUUGCGGGCUGUACCAACGAACCUGCUCCGCGGGGAUCAGUCCCUCGUUGGCCCUUUCCUCCGUGUAUUCCAGCUCACCCGCGACAAGGCCACCGAGUGUCUUGCCACUACCGGAUCCAGCGAUGGCCAUGGAAAACGCGAGAAAACCAUCUUUAGUGCCAUGGUUGCAGGGGAUGUUCCGCCGCAGGAAAAGUCCUUUGAGCGGUUGACCGUCGAGUCAGUCGCCAUACUCAUUGCGGGGACAGACACAACUGCCAGAACCGCGGCGGUGGCGAUUUUCCAUCUCGCGCACAAUCCGGCCAUCCUCAAGGCGUUGCGCACAGAGUUGUUGAAGGUAUUUCCCGUCUCUGUGGACAACGUCCCUUGGUCCAAACGGGAUGUCUCGGCGAGCCAACUCGAGAAACUGCCGUAUCUUACAGCCAUUAUUCAGGAAAGCAUUCGGGUGACCCAUCCUGUGAUACUCCGAUCUGCCAGAGUGGCUGCCGAACCAGUUAUGUACAAGGAUAUUGUCAUCCCUCCUGGUACCCCCAUGAGCCAGUCGGUCCACUUCGUCUGCAUGGACCCCAAAGUCUUCCCUUCCCCCGAGACCUUUAAUCCAGAACGGUGGAUCCAAGCAGCUGCAAACGGAGUAAACCUGACCAAGUACCUGGCAGCAUUUGGGACUGGACACAGGUCAUGCUUGGGUAUACACCUUGCCUACGCGGAAUUAUACCACGUCAUUGCAGCAUUCGCCUGUUCGUUUGAGUGGGAGCUACACGAGACGGGCCUCGAGGACGUCCAGACCACAAGAGACUUUCAACUCGCUGUGCCUGAGAGCGGAUCCCUUGCGAUCAAGAUUGGUUUGACGGGGACUGUGCGGUGGCUGUAG